GGAUGCAUAACAUAGGCAACCCGUGUCGCGGCUUGUCGGCCCAGCAUCAAGUAUUGGGCAGGCCUGUCAGUGCUGCAUGUGGGCUUAUUUUGGCACUGGCUGCCCAGUGCAGGCACAGGCACGACGAUUCUUGUUGGCGUCACGGCUCCAUCGCGGGCUCUGAGUGGACGAUGGGGUGUGCUCCACGCAGCGUCGCUUGAUUCGACCAGAGGCGGCCAGAUGUGGAUGCCCAGCUGGUCUCUCCAUCGCGGGUCACCCCCAGCAGCACCCACCUACUCGCCCCAGCAGGCAGCCAGCGGCCAGCUGGCGACCGACCGACCGCCCUGGGAAUUCUCCGUAUAGUGAACCCAGACUGCUCCGAGCUCCAUCCUCCCGUGCACGCCUCCUGCGCUCGCUUUGCCCUGCCCUGUCCUGCACGUCGAGCACGACCGCUUGCUGCGCCGCCCUGCUGUUAUUCGAGCCAGACCUCACCUAGCCACGGCCGACCUGCCAAACCCGCGCCGUUGCAUUUGGAGAUCGCCAGACCCGACCCCGAGCACGCAGUCCUGCACCCGUCUGUCCCCUCCCCUGCCUUCCCCCACAGGCAGCAGGCAGCUCGCCGUCCAGCACAGGGUUCAUGUUCUAGCCGGAUCGAUCGAUAGCGACGAGCAGCCAGCCAGCCAGCCAGCCAGCCAGCCCUCUCGAUCGCGAGUCCUCCAAUCCGCGCUCGGGCGGCUUGCACAACCUGACGGAUGGGGUCCACCGAGCUCUGAUCCAGCACCUCAAUCGGCUUCUCGACGAGGAAUAGCACAACGGUCGAGCGCCGGCCGCGAACCCACGCACGAGCUGCCUGGCGGAAGCACCAAGGGCAAAUCCCGCAGAGCACCGACUCGCUUUUCGCCCUUGCACCACGCCCCGACCGUCUCACCGUCCCUCCUCCCCGCUCUGACCUUCCUCGUGCCACCCAGCUAUCGUCGCCUUCGGCCGGUUGAGGAGCCAUCGAGAGCGACUGAGCCAGCCAGCCAGUAGCCAGCCGCCGAGCAUCCGUCUCUCGAGUUAGCUCCCACCUUGUGCUCCCGCCCUUGUCUGCUCUGCCUCGCAAUCCUCCCAUCGAGUCCCCGUGUGGCUCUAGCGAGCGUCGUUCUGCCCAAGCUCGAAGCGACCGACGUUUCGCGCGUGGCUGUCCCUGCACCCGUCGCCUCCCUCCUUUCGCUCGCCGCACAACCGCCCGCCCAAGCUGGAUUCAUUCACGCAGCCAGAAGGGUCUCAGGGCCAGUACCACGACGCCAUGGACAGGAUGGACACGGACCCCGCUCCGGUCGAUUCCCACGAGGACACCCUCGGCGGCAUCGAGGGCUCUCCUCACAUCAGCUCCGGCGCCGACGCCCAGCGCCCCAGCCAUGGUCAAUCGACCUCGCUCGACCAAGGCCUCGGCAGCAACGGCAACGGCCACAACCUUCAUCACAGCAACCCAGGCCAGUACCACCAGCUUCCCGACGAUAUGGACCGCUAUAACACACCACCACUGCCGCCGCCGGGCCCUUCGAUAUCAAGGCCGCCCUCCGUCCUCUCGGCAGGUGGUGGCGCACACGGCGCCCCACCAUACAACGGAAACGGAAACGGUGCCGGAAACGGUGCCGUCGACCAUGGCUCGCGCGGCAGCGGGGCGCACGUCGAGGCUGCAUCGUCGGCUAGGGACAACGGCCGCAGCCACGUCGUUAUCAAGGUCGGCAUGGUGGGCGACGCGCAGAUCGGCAAGACGAGUCUGAUGGUCAAGUACGUCGAGGGCAGCUGGGACGAGGACUACAUUCAAACCCUGGGUGUCAACUUCAUGGAGAAGACCAUCAGCAUCCGCAACACCGAGAUCACCUUCAGCAUCUGGGAUCUGGGAGGCCAGCGCGAGUUUGUCAACAUGCUGCCCCUUGUCUGCAAUGACGCCGUUGCCAUCCUCUUCAUGUUCGACCUCACCCGCAAGAGCACUCUCAACAGCAUCAAGGAGUGGUACCGCCAAGGCAGGGGGUUCAACAAGACUGCCAUUCCGAUCCUUGUCGGCACAAAGUACGACCACUUUGUCAACUUCCCUAGGGAGGAUCAGGAGGAGAUCUCAAAUCAGGCACGUCGGUUCGCAAAGGCAAUGCGUGCCGCUCUGAUCUUCAGCAGCACCAGCCACAGCAUCAACGUCCAGAAGAUCUUCAAGAUUGUGCUCUCCAAGGCCUUUGACCUCAAAUGCACUAUCCCAGAAAUCGAGAAUGUCGGCGAACCUCUCCUGCUAUACCAGUCCUGUUAAUGAGACUGGAGGGUUCUCUAAUACUCUUACGCUCUCGUCGCUGGGCCCUGUGUCUGUGCUCCUGGUUGCGGGUGAACCCCUGCCUCCGAUGCCAGAUGUCAUGCCUCCCGAUGAGAAUCAGCACUUCGUAUGUCGUCCACAUACACGAUACGAAGUCCAGCCACGCUUAUCCCUCUCCGGAUGGUAGCCGGACAGUGCGAUGGAAUCGGGCCCAAGUCCCAGGCGCCGAUGCCAUUUGAAACCCAUACACGCACCCUCGCCGCUUCGCCCCGCCACAAACCACAAAUCGCCACGCUAUACUGGUCGUUUUCCCCCAUGCUCUUACCCAGAUUCUUUUUCCAUUCCCAUCCCCGAAUUUCGGCACUCGCUGGCAUCCCUAGACUCUAAUGGGUGUCCGUGCGACUCAAGUCAUGUCUGCUUGGCCGCCAUCCGACGGUCCUCAGGGGACCACAUAAACUGCCACUUGGCAGAGAAUUACUCGAGCGUCAUCGACCGCCUCGGCCCACCCAUUCACUCAACCCUUCCCUACCUGCACACGUUUCCUUGUUCUCCUUUGUCGUCUAAUACGAUGUGCAAGUUCGCCGCAACUCUGCAUUUUCACCUCUCCUUGCUGUCUUGGUCUUUUGCCUUGUUUUCUCUCGUGUCCUAAGAUCUGCAAACCUCUUCCCAGAACAACCAAGAAUCGGCGUGAAGGACGGUGAGGGGAAAAGAUGUUAUACCCUGGAGAAAAGUAUACAUGUGGGCUUGUCACAAGACUGAAAAGAAGGAUAUGCUAUGAAGGCAAGCAAGAUAUCACGAUGAACCAAUGUUUCACGGGGGAGAGGAGGGUGGAGCGCCCUCUUGCUCGUCUGUUGCUCGUCUGUUGCUCGUCCGUUUUUUUGUCCGUUUUUCGCCUCCUUCCGGAUGGCUUACUAACCCUUUUCUCCCCCUUUCUUUUCCUUUGUUAUCAUUCGCGGCCGUUUUGGCGUCAACUGUGUUUUAAACCUCGAUCGCAAUGGAAAGAAAUGGCUUUCCAAGGCGAGGGAAACGGGGCAUAUGGAGAAAUGGGAAAUACUACACCGCCUUCGUGUUGCUUUUUAUUUAAUCAUAUUCUUUCCUCCCCUUGUCCUAAGCCUCACUCGUCCCUCUCUCUCUCCCUCCCUCAAUACUAUCGUCCCAGCCACUGCUGCCAUAUUCAGGAUUCCAUAAAUGUAAUUUUUGUGAUUUUAGCGCAUGCCACCCGUUCCAUGGCCCCCUCGGCGACAAACAUCCAUGUACUGCU